AUGAGGAGGCUCUGUCGGAGGAGCCAGCUGGAAUUAUCCAGUGGAUACUGCAUCUACCUUUCUCAAAUGAGCUACAACAACAGUAAUGCCUCGGAGGCGCCUGGGGUGGGUGCUGUGCGGAGACGUGCAAAUCCCGCGGUCCAAGCUCCAGCCGUCGGGGAGUUUAACCCAAAUGGCAGGACCACAGAAAGGUGGCCGAUCAUGGAAAAGUCCAUCCAUAAAAUCGGAGUACCAUUCGGGGCACCAACAUCUUGCCCCGAAUGCUUAAAAGCUGGCUCGGCUCGUCUAUAUAUCAAGCCACAAGAACUUGCACGGCAUAUAGACGAGCAGCACCUGAACGCCAAAGCUAAAUGGGAAUGUUCAAGGUGCGCAGCCGUGUUUGACAGAUGUCACGGCUGGAUUGUUCACUGGUCAAGGUGCAAGGGUACGAGUGAACAAGAAAGUAUAGUAUACGCUUUUCGCUGUACGGUCUGCGAAAAAUCCUUCAAAACCAAGAGCGACCUGUCGCAACAUGAGCGACACGAGCACUCCGAGCUUCACAAUGCCAAGCGGGUGGCAGAGGCAAGCAAAGACCACAAACCAAAGGGGGCUCCCAAGAGUAAAUGGUCGAAUAGAGAAAUUCGCCGACUUUACAGAUUGAAUGCGGUGUAUAAAGACAGGCCUUAUCCGAAUAAGGCCAUCGAGGAUCAUAUGCCCUCGAAAACAAACAGACAGAUCGGCGAAAAACGCCGAGAACUUGACAAAGUUGUCGCAGAAAUGAAGCGGCAAGGGACAUGGUACGAGAGAAAAGGCAGUAAGACGGAGUGGGUAGACUCUGAUGACGAGUCAGAGGGAGCUGUAGGUCCUUCACAGGUCUUACAAGAGAUACCCCCUGUGAACCUGGUUCCACUCCGUCCGCAGAUUAAUCAUGAAGAGGACAUAGCUAUUGACAGCUGUUCGGAAGAACAGUUGCCGAUGCCUUCUCGUACCAGGGACGAAGUAGUGGUCGCGAGUGAGAGCGACGAUGCUGAUCAUAGUGUACCUUCGAUAGACGCCAUCGAUGAUGUUCAGCCAAGCGAUGACUCCUCGGUCACAGAGGAGUUUUUCGAUACGGUUGAGAUGUUAUCUGAUGUGGAGGUACUGGAAGAACCCACGGAGUGGGUCGAGGCUCUACGAGGCAAGAUACUGUCAGUCGAACAAGUUUCGCCGUCUUGGGAACUAAUAGUGUCCAAAAUUAAAGAGUUAUCGGCGAGUCGUAUCAUAGCCAGCGACGAGAUCGAUGCUCUUUAUGACAGCAUCGAAAAGAACUUAAUGCCUAAGGACAGCGUUGACCCAACAAAGGAAAGACGUCAGAAUAGUUGUCGAAGAAAAGUGUCCAAUCGACGACGACAUCACGGACGAAGGCGAGCGAAUGCGAAAACUCGCCCAAAUAGGACCGACAAGCGCAGAUAUGCCUAUAGUCGGUGUCAGGACCUAUACGACAAUGAUCCGAAGAAGCUAGCGGACAUUGUCGUACAAAAUGACUUCUCACUGCUGCAAAAAGAGAAGCCACCUGCAUCAGUAGCAGUAAAGGAACUGUACAGUAGGCUCUGGGACGUGACCGGCCCAGUAAAUGUUGAUCAAAUCUAUUUACCAACAAGGAUCGAAGCAGCUACUCCUAUGGAGUGUAUCUUUGUACCUAUUACUGAUUUAGAGAUGACUAAAAAGUUAAAGUCAACAAAUAAUUCGAUAGCAGCGGGUCCUGAUGGGAUCACUAAGAGUGAGCUCAUGAAAAAGGGAGUAGCAAUUGUUCUAGCCAAGUUCUUCAACUUAUUGUUGUUGAGUAGACGUUACCCGAAGGCUUGGUCUCGCAACAGGACGACGCUAAUUCCAAAAGCCGGAAAAGAUCUAGCAGAGGUAAAGAAUUGGCGACCGAUUACUAUCAGUUCGCUUAAUUCUCGACUCUUCUCAUCUAUGUUGGACAGGAGAAUUCGGUCGGUCAUUACGAAGACCGACCGACAGAGAGGUUUCAUAGAUGAAAAUGGUUGCUAUGCUAACGUGAAUAUUCUGGGAGCAGCUAUUCAGUUGGUAAAGACAAAGGGAGCUACAUUCAGUGUGGAUGAUGUAGCGAAGGCGUUUGAUACAGUUCCUCACUCUGCGAUUGUUCCAGCACUAAUGAGGAAGGGUAUACAUCGCCGAGCAGCCGAGUACAUAGGCAGCAUGUACGAAGAGUGCUUCACCGAGAUUAAAACUGACGGAGAACCCGUGAAGAUUAAAUUGCGACGAGGAGUUAAACAGGGCGAUCCGAUAUCCCCUUUGCUGUUCUGCUUGUGUAUAGAGCCCUUAGUUGACAAGAUAUAG